UCAAAGCGCGAGUGUGAGUCGCUCCGUCACACAGCCUUCAGAGAUGGACAAGUUCAAGACGGUUCUGGACUUUGCCAACAAACAGACCAACCUCGGCUUCGGCUUGGUGGCGCUGCUCACGGCGGGCGGGGAGCAGGUCUUCUCCUCGGCGGUCUUCAAGUGCCCCUGCAGCGACCUGAACUUCCUCUACGGCAUGGUGUUCCUGCUCGUGCCCGCCUUGGCGCUGCUGCUGCUCGGCUUCAUCCUGAGCAGGAAGACGUGGAAGCUGCUGACCGGCGCGUGCCGCCCCGGGUCCGCGCGCUGCCGCUGGAAGAGUCUGACCGCCGGCGUCGCCGCGCUCUUCCAGAUCGGCACCGUGGCGAUGGUGGCGCCCUCCACCUGGAUCGCGGUGGCGCUCCUCAACGGGAAUUACUACGAGUGCGCGAUGACCGGGACCAACGUGAGCGCGUUCAACGGACUCCUGUGCGGGGCGGAGAGCUCCCGGGUCCCGUGUCAGCAGCAGCUGCACAGGUUCCCCUGUGGGACGGGCAGCGACCUGCCGAAGGUCAUCAGGGACGACGUUCUGCUCACGCUGAGGGCUCAGUCUCAGAUUGUGGGCUGGCUGCUCAUUGCCUCCAUCAUGUUGUCCAACCUUCUGCUCAACUGCCUGGCUCGCUGCACGUCCCCCAUCAGCUACCAGCAGCUCAAGUUCUGGGGAGCGUACAUUCAGGAGGAGAGCAACCUGAUCAAUUCGUACAGCGCCAAGCACGCCAGAGAGCUCGCCGAGAGGAACCUGAAGAGCUUCUUUGGCCGGACCGCGCCGGAAGACAUCGUCACCCCUUCCACCAAGGACUGGGAGAAGAUCUCCGGCCUCUACAAGUUCCGCACCAAAGACCACUACUACAGCACCCUGCACCGGUACGUGGAGAGCGGUCAGGAGACCGACAACCCUAUGAUAAGGAUGGGCUCGACCAUUUCGAACGAGCCCGCCAACACCCCGGCGGUUCUGGGUUUCAUAGACGAAGGCAGGAUGGUGCUGUGA